AUGGAGAAAAUUAGAUGCUCUCAAUGCGACAAGUCCUUCAGCCAAAUCGUCAUUCGUCAGAAAUCCUGUCAGAAAUGCUCGGAUUCGAAAACGAAAUGCGAUUUACGGAGACCAAUAUGCAGUCGUUGUUCACUAAGAAGCCUUACCUGCCAAUACCCCAGGUCCGACGAUACAAGCUCGAACAGCAACUCGGAUUCCCGUGAAGUUGUCUUUUUUGAUACCUCCACUAAAGCCACUCCUCUAGACCAAUUUCUGGACAAUCCUUCGCUAUCUGCCAGUCCCCGAACUUUGACGCAAAGAGCAAUAGACAACCACACAUCUAAUACGUUGUUUGAUAUUGUACACGGAACAAUAGGCGACUUCGAAGAUUUCUGUACCCCUUGGACAAUCGGCCAUUCAAUUCCAGACCCCAUUUUCCAGCCGGAUCUCUCAUUGAUGCCGUCGAUCACGACCAGGCCAGUUCUGGCGACGCACAGCAUGCAAACCUUGUUUCGUUGUCUGCGAACAUGGCCCCGUAUGAUAGCUAAGGGCAUCUUGUCUCCGCCAAUUAUCCACGAUACAGUGACACCAGAACGUCUUAUGCCAACGGCUUUGGCCAGAUGCUAUACCUUGACCAAAAUGUGGGAUGGACAGUCUCCUGGAACAAGCUUCAUGGUGCUGGAAGCAGUUAAAAAUGAAAUUCAAACCCUGGUCGAUACAUAUCAAGCCCUAACGGAAGACAAUCUCAUUCCAGCCCUCCAAGCCCUCGUAAUUUACACCAUUAUUUUGCUCUUUCCUUCCAAAUCUCAACGCUCCGUCACAUUGCUCCCCGAGUCCCUAUUUCGUGAUCUCAGGAACGUCGUCUACCACAGCGUCACUACUGGCCUCAUCUUACCAGAAGAAUCCACCCACGAGCGUCCAACCUGGUCGUCCUGGAUCCAUGUGUCAUCCAAACGUCGUGCAAUCUUCGCUUUGUAUCUUAUCCACUGGUCUUACUCGGUUUACCAUUGCCUGCCGAGCUAUGACUGUAAAGAUUUGGGCAUGAUGCCCGCACCAGCGGCGGGGUAUCUUUGGCAUGCCAGAAACCAGGAGGAAUGGGAAAAGCUCUACUUGAAAUGGCUGGUGAUGUGGGAUGGGAAAGAAUAUAUGCAGUGGGAGUACUUUACCAUUCAGUCUGGGGUGGGUCUGGAUGGACGAGCCCAGCUGUGGUUAGAGGACGCGGAUGAAUUUGGUAUCAUGUUCAUGAGCAUUGGUAAGGCAAUUUCCUGGAUAUCAUGA